AUAUUACCAUGUUUUGAUUUGAGCAAAUUGCUUCAUAUCAGUCAAGGUCGCAAUGUGCUGCAACUAUGUUAUCAAGAUUUAAGUAUUUAAUUUCCACUGGCAGAACAAUCAGAACAUUACCUACUGAAAAUGGAUGUUGCUGGUAUGAGGGUGAAUUAUAACGAAAGGACCAAUUUGUUCCUUGAAGAGAAUUUGGAAAUAAAAGAACCCUUUUAUCUAUUUGAUAAAUGGUUUAAGAUUGUUAAGAACGAUCCAAGGACUGUUGAAGCAAAUGCUAUGUGCCUAGCAACUGCUACAAAAACUGGAUUACCCUCAGCUCGGUUUGUUCUUCUGAAAGGUUACAGCAAAGAAGGCUUUACAUUCUUUACACACUACACCAGCAGAAAAGGGAAGGAAUUGGAGGAAAAUCCAAAUGCAGCACUUACUUUCUAUUGGGAGCAUUAUAGUAGAUCCGUUAGAAUUGAAGGGACUGUAGAAAAAUUACCAUUUUCCGAUGCAGAUAACUAUUUCAGUAAACGUCCUUAUCAAAGCCAGAUAGGGGCACUGUGCAGCCGUCAAAGUGAGCCGAUAAGUGGCAGGGAAGUUCUGUCAUGCAACGAGAGAGAACUUAAGAGUAAAUACAAGGAAGAAGUACCUAGACCAUCACUAUGGGGAGGCUAUAUGGUAAAGCCUCACACGAUAGAAUUCUGGCAGGGCCAAACCGACAGGAUACAUGACAGGAUAAGAUUUCGCAGACCAAAAGAAAACGAACCUGACGGUAUUUUAACGCAUGAAGCUGAAGAGGGAUGGGUAUACGAGAGGCUAUGUCCAUGAGCGUGUUAAGAAGCAUUAUAGU